UUUCAGAUGACGCAGUUGUUGAGUAUAUCCGUCAAAAAUUUUAUGUGUCUAGAGGACGUGAAAUACGAGUCUUUCGGCAAGAUCACCACAAUCACGGGACCAAAUGGAUGCGGAAAAUCUGCAUUGGUCCGGGCGAUUGGAAUUCUUACAGGAGAUGAGGUGACGGAGUCUUCCAAUCAGCAAUAUGCGGAUUUUCUUCUUGACACCAGCCAUCCGUGUGUUCUUAUCAUGGCUUGAAAACUGCCAGAAAAACGACCAAGUCGUUUAAAUGCACGAUUGACACAACUGACCGUACUUUCAUGGUUGACAACUUGCAUCGCACGAGAGAGGAGUAUUUGCGGGAGCUUGAUGACAUCACACUUCGUGUUCACGGCAGAAAAUUAUCCGUCUACAGCUCGUCGUCAAAAGUUACACAAGAUAACGCUGAAGAUUUUGGUUUAUUUUUGGAGGCUAUCUUCGACUCAAUUGAGCACAAGCCAAAGUACGAUUGACUUUGCAUUAUGAUUGAAGAAUCUAAACAAAAAGUCGAAAAACACACGAAAAUGAAAGAAUUGAUACAAGUGGAGCAGGGACAAUUCAUUUCUCUUCAUCUCUACAGAUUGUUUUUGAACGAUUUGGAGAGAAAGUCAUUAGAGAAAAAAUUGACAAAGGAGCAAGUUAAACUCACCAAUAUCAAGGCAUCAAAACAAUCGCAGAAAGUUACAAAAAGUGAUGAUCCAAAAGCAAUUGCAAAACAAGCUCCUCCCGCAAUGUUCAAGGUUCAAGGCUGUUCAAGGCUGGAUGGUGACAGUUUAUCCCAAGAGAACGCAGAAAAACCGGCUAUUGUCAUCGAACUAGAAAAUCGACUCGUCCAACAACGUGCACAACGUCGAAAAAUCAUUGCAAAUGUCACUUUACAGGAUCUUGAUAUUCCUGCCAAAGAAGCAGGUACGUUUUCCUACGACGUCAAACCGGAUUAUUCCUCCUUACCAGAUGAGUUGAAGAAGGAAAGCAACGAUGCUGAAACAGUUAAGAUGCAUCUGCGUACUUUGGAGGAAACGAUCCAGGCAACUCGUAACGAAUGGGUUGCUGUCAAUGGAGCAGAGUAUCCGGAUAUGAGUAAUAUUUUAAUAAGAUUCCACGAGACGGACAGCUUUAUUAACAUAGCAAAGUUACGCACAACUGAGCUAGAAGCCGAAAUUGAACAGGUCAAAGCCAGUCGCCGUACUCAUUUCAAUCAACGCCUUGCUGCAGUAUCAUCGUCUGUGAGCAGAAUCUAUAGAGAGAUUUCUGAGGAUCCGGAUUCCACCGUUUCACUUGCGUCAUCCAAUGAGGAUGAACCGUAUGAAUGUUGAUCUGUUUGUCGGAGGAAUAAAUGAAGAUCUCGAGCCAACUCGCUUCCACCGCGGCGGAUCAAGAGGAAUCGUUGCUAAUCUGGCUCUUGUUCUUGCACUUCACGAGCAAACGGCUUAUUUGAAAAAUGUGCAAACGCCUUCACCACUCCUCGUGGUUGAUGACAUUGACAAAAGAAUGUCGGAAACGACAAGCAAUAAGGUCUGUUCGUAUCUCACCGGCCAGGACAAUACUCAAUACAUUGUAACCACCCACAACGACAGUUACUUCACUAAACACACCACAACUUUCAGCAUGCCAGAUAUCUAAUGUCUUUUUUUACGUGUAUCUAUUACAAUGUUGAUACAUUUACAAAAUAUAAAGCCUGACGAAAAUUCCUUCACGAACAUUCCCGACCAUACUCGUCUUUCUUAAAUCCGAAGUCCCAAGCUAUUUCAAUGUGAUU